GUGUUCGUCGUCAUACUUCCCAGAGACGCCGUCAGCUCCAACGUGGAAGGCCUGCUGAGAUUCAGCUCGGUGCCGAGCAGUCUCCAGCAGGGCUCCAGAGGGAGAUCUCACGAGCCACAGGUGUGCCCGAGGAAGGACCCCGGGGACAGGUCGCUGGCAGAGUGGCAGGACGACCAGUCCCAGUUCGCGGGCAUGCACCGGCUGCCCGCCGACUGGAUACGGGUCAAGUCCCGGAAGAGCAGCGAGAUCUACUACUUCAACACGAGGAGCGCCGCGGAGGCCUGCCUCGAGCGGCCUCGGCGCCGCUCCCGGCUGGCUCG